AGAAAAUGCGGAUCGGUUACAAUCACGGGGAGACAGUUUUCUUUCCCGCUAAUGGACCUAUUCACGCGCCCUUCAAUCAAACUCGAUAUAUAAGAGGCGAGCCAAUAAAUCUAAGCUCAUUCUCAUUUUGAAAGCGGAGAAAAUUUGACAUCAUGACUAAGUUCUCCAUCGGUGUAAUCGCGCUGCUGCUGUCCACGCAACUGAUGACUCCGACUAUGGCGUUCAAAAAGAGAUCCAAUACGGACGAGUACAUGGUAGAGAAUCAAAGGAUGCGACAAAAUUACUUUUUACAGAGAGCUCUGAAUAACGACAUAGAUAGAAACAAAGUGGGCGUAUCGUACGACGAACCGCUCAACCCCAACUCUGAUCCUGAAGAAUUACCGGCACUUAUUGUGGAUUAUGCUAAUAUGAUACGCAACGAUAUUAUAUUGUUAGACAAUUCUAUUGAAACGCGUACCAGGAAAAGGGGAAAUGUUAUUGAAAAACACAAUCAAAAUGGACUUGCCGAAGAAGAACCGUGUAUUUGCGAAUCAGAAUCUAAAGAGCCCAUGUUCCUGGAUAACGACCAUUUUCCUCGUUCAAUUGAGACCAGAAAAUGCAACACCAACCUCUGCCCGUCACCGUACAAAUGCCAUCCUCGAGUACAUAAUAUAACGGUGUUGAAACGGCUCAGACGCAUCUCCGAAAAUGAUGUGCAGUCCGAAGAGUAUCUACCGGAAGACAUCGCAAGGCACUGGGUAGCGAUCAAGAAGCCUGUGGUCGUUGGCUGUUUUUGCUUGAAAAAUUUCAAUGACAGAAGUUAAUUCAUUCAUAAUUUAUUAUUUAUCUGAUAAAAUGGAUGGAAAGAUUUGGUAAAAGCUCUUAAGAUGCCUAUAAUAUGUCUUUACUAUAUUCUAAUUAUCAUCUAAUAUUAAUUGUAAAUAGAUAUUACUAUAUUUAUUAUAUUAUUUAUAAAGAUUUAUAAAAUCUUUAAAAUUUUGAGUUGAAGAUAAUAUUUUGAUAAGUAGGUUUUUACAGUGCUCGCCACGGAUCUUUAUAUUUGUGAAGUUAGCUGCACAAUGAGUAGGUAUGCGCGUUCGUACAGACGCGAACACUCCCCGCCCACGCCGUUUGUACCGUUAUUGAUUCUUGCGCAGUCAUUUGUUGCUAACUUCACAAACACAAUAUCUUGUGGCGGGCACUGUACUACGUUUCGCAUUUUUGAAAAUUGAGGUCGACCCGCAAAGAGCCCUAGCGGGACGCCAUUUUACUUGAUUUAUACUGUUUUGUGUUGUUAAAAUUUUAUUUGACUUAUAACUAGUUCUCAUUAGAAUGUAGAUAUACGAGUAUAUUUUAUACUUAUGUUAAGAAUGCAUAUUGAUGUUCCUAUUUCAUUAUUCAAGUAAAUAUUAAAUGCAAGUAUAUGCCAUUAUUUCAAUAAUGAAUUGAUGUCUAUGCAACUAUAUACAGUAUUUGAGCUAGUCAGUUAAAAGAUUGUAGGAGAGGUAGAGACUUUCUACACGUAAUAUUUAUAGCUAGAUUAUCUAUGCAUGCUGUUAUUUAUAUUAUUAAAAUUUAAUUGUAAGGCUUUGGUAGAGUAGUUUUUAGUUGCUGUCAUUAAGUAGUUAUAUACCCAAAAUAAGACCAAGGGGUUUCAUUUUAGACUAUGAUCUACAUCGCAAACAUAAAGUACUUAAGCUACGCUUGAGCAGGUCUACAGCCUACACUUAACAUCAGAUGCGACCGUAAAAUGCGGUAUAUAUACUGCUAUUAUAUAAAAAAUACUUUUUUAGAAUAUAAACUAUCGUGAAUGUUAUUCAUAUUAAUUGAUUAAUUGAAAGUAGGGCAUACUCCGGCUAAAACACUAUUAUCACGUGAGUUUUAGCCGUGUUUCAUAAUCAAUUAAUAAAAAAUACUUAUAAAACAUUGUUUACCUUUAAAAAUAUUUAUGAAUGUUAUGUCUUAAUAGAUAUGUAAUAUUUUUAGAUAUAGAUUUAACUUUAAAUAAGAUCCAAGUAAAACUAAGGGCUCCGCCAUAUUGGUCUUGGUUGCUAUGCUGAGCGCCUUUUACUUAAAUCUUCCGCGAUCAACUGUGUGCCUAGUGGGAGUUUUCAAUAUUUACAUAUUGUUAACGUAUACGUAUACGCGAAUUUUUAUGGAAUUGAAAUAGUUGUGCAGUAGUGCCACUAGAUGGCGCUGUUUCAAUUCCUUAGAAAUUCGC